CUGUAAGGGACGCCAUAGGUAGGGAUUUUUUCUAGGCGUGUGAUGUAGAUCAUCUCUGUACCAAGAACUUCAGUUUGAUGGGCAAUUUUUGAGGCUUUGUGUGGCAAGUUUGAUGCAAGGUAUUACAAAGGCAGCAGUGAUGCAAAAUAGAGAGGGAGAAGGCGGGUUGUUGGGGAGGAGAUGGGACAGACCCAUGUUGGCGGCGAUGGCCAAGUUGGGAAGAAGUGCGGAUUUGGAAAACCGACAAGAUGCGGUCCCUCUAUCCCUGCACCGUAGCUGCAGUACCUGAUCUACUGCAGUUACUUCAGGUGCUGUUUACUGGUCCAUUCCUACUGUCUCAGGCUCUUCUUUUUCCUACCAUUCCUCUUCACAUUCUACCUAAAUGAUAUUCUCCCCUUGUAGGGAUUGCGAAGAAAUUGCUGCGGAGCAAGGUAAAUGGCCUUUGAGCGCCAGGGCGGAGUCUAACUAAGCUUCCCUUCACCGUAGGGGCCCGAGUGUAAGAUCAAACGCCCGUGGGUGGGCAGGUGGCCGGCGCCGCCCUCCGCCUGUCAGAGGCCCCCGGGGCUGGUGGCGGGGCUGGUGGCGGUGUGCUGGGGCAGCGGUUUUCCCCGCUGCGAGCCCUUUAAGACGGCGGCGCGGCGGAAGCGCGUGGCAGCACGUGGCCGCACUGGGCGCCCUCGGCGGAGCUGCGUGGCCAUGGACGUGGGCGCCGAUGAGUUCGAGCAGAGCCUCCCUCUGUUGCAGGAGCUCGUCCUGGGCGCGGACUUCGUGGGUAAGGCGCCGGGAUUCCGGGCCUCGUCGCCGCAGCCCCCUGGCCGGCGGGAGGGUGUGGUUCGGGCGGCAGAGGGCGGAGAGGUGAGGCCCGGCUGGGUGGUUGCCAGGCUGCAGGAGGCUCAAACAGGGCCCCUCCGAAGGACAGGGUGUGUGCCUUCUCGGGCCUGGGGGGGCAUGUUAGGCAGCAGGUACAGCCUUGGCCCCAGUUUGGUCCAGGUGGAACGGGGUGGCCUGGCUUGUCCUUGCUUUGGCUUCCUCUGUUCUCCCUUCUUGACCUCUCCUGGCCUCUUGAGCAGCAAGAAGGUGAGCCAGAACUUUUACCACCAGCAGCGUUUACAGCACAAAGAGCCUUGCGAUGGCCUGCGCCUGGGGACUCUUGUCUUUCUUGCCUCCCCUGCAGGUCUAGACAUAGAGUUCACUGGCCUUCGUUCUAACCCGUCCGGGCCCCAGCAGAUCAGUCUGUUUGACUUGCCAUCAGAGUGGUAUCUCAAGACCCGUCAGAGUGUUCAGCAGUUCACCGUCUGUCAGAUUGGAUUGUCUAUGUUUUCCAGUAUUGAAGGCGAGUCAAACAAGUAUGAAGCCCAUUCGUGUAACUUCUUUCUCUUCCCUACAACGUUUGGGAUUUUGGAUUCAGAGUUCUCUUUCCAGGCUUCUAGUGUUCAGUUUUUGAAUGAGCAUGGCUUCGAUUAUAACAAGUUUCUCAAGAAUGGAAUCCCGUAUAUGAACGAAGAACAGGAGAAGAAAAUUAAACACAGCAUCCUGACUGGGAACUGGAGAGUUCGCAGUUCUCUGGAUAAAGACCAAAUCAAGGUGGUGAUUGACGAGGUGACGCGCUGGCUGGACCUGGCAGAGGAAGGCGACUGGAUGACCCUCCCUGGUAUCACCGGCUUCCAGGCCUUCGAGGUCCAGCUUGUGCUGAGGAAGGCCCUCCCCGACAUCUGGACGGUGAUGAGAGGCCAGGGGGUGACAGUGAAGAAAGUGAGUAAACGGCAUCGCUGGUAUCUUGAGAACACGUCUUGCGAUCGAGAAAGCUGUUGGCAGGAGAAGAUUCUUCUCUCUGCGAGGGGUUUUUCUGUGUUUUUCCAGAUGCUGGUGAAAGCCCAGAAGCCCUUAGUGGGACAUAAUAUGAUGAUGGAUCUGCUGCAUCUCCAUGAGAAGUUCUUCAGACCUCUCCCAGAAAGCUAUGAAGAAUUUAAGGUGAAUAUCCACAACCUAUUUCCUGUUCUCAUUGACACCAAAAGUGUGGCCAAGGAUGUCUGGAAGGAGCUGAAUUUCCCAAGGGUUUCAAGUCUUUUAGAAGUUUAUGAAGUCCUAAACAGUGACUUGAAUCCCACCAAGAAUUCUGGGCCAGUGAUUAUUCACGCAAGCAAAUGUGAAAAAUACGUUGAGACAAAGUAUCCCCAUGAAGCAGCAUACGAUGCCUUCCUGUGCGGAUCCGUUCUUUUGAAGGUGGCCCACUUGCUCCUAUGGAGAGCGCACGGGGUUCUUCCCAUCCCCAAGCCCUCCUUCCCGCUGUACCUCGACGUGCUGGCUCCCUAUGUGAACCAGGUGAAUCUUAUCCGAGCCGGGGUCCCCAAGAUCAAUUUUUCGGGUCCAGAUUACCCCAGUAUCCGCCCUCCCAUCCUCAUUGUCACCGUCAGGAGGUGGCCCGGGGUCAGCGAGCAGCAAGUCUACCGCGAGUUUCAGAACCUCUGCAAGUUUGACGUCAGGAGACUGGUGGGGAGCCACUUCCUGCUUCUGACCAAUAAGUUUAAGGACACCCGGAGCAUCCUGAAGGAGUACAGGUGCCACCCCACCCUGCAGGUCUCCGUGUACCGCUACUGGAGACACUCCCCAAACGUCAGCUGCCUGUUACAGGUCUGUGGCGUAGUCACCACCUGGGCCUUUAUCGCGUUUCUCCUGGGAGGUGCUCGCCCCUGAGCGCAACAAGGCCGCCUGCAGUCCCGUCCUGUCUCCGUGCGAUCCCGGGGCUGCCGUCCUGGCUUCUUUUGUUCAAAUCACAUCCUACUUGCAUGUGGAUCUGCGCGGUCCUUACGAGGAGUUUUGUUAUGUGUUGAAUGUGAAAUUCUGUAAAUAUUAUCAAUGAUAAAUCCUUUGUGUGUGGCCAAAACUUUUCUUUCUAUAAAUGACCGGGGAGAAGCCACACCUCUGGGAAUUUGAGCUAAUGUUCCAGAGUGUCUUCUGAACGGACAACUGGGACGAUAAGAGCUGGACACCAGGUGGGCAGAAGACUCCGUUAUUGCUGAGAGAGAAAGCAAUAGCUGAUAGGCAGGGGUUUAGGCCUGAGAAACGGCCAAAGCUUUAGUAAAGGGAAAAAUAAAACCAGGUGUCAUGGGCGCCAGUGUUGGUCCAUGUUUUGGGUAACUGCCAUAAACCAUGAAGCAGCUCACCUUAGAAACAAAGUGGCUUGUACCGCAGGUAUGAACCCUGAGAUCGAGGUAGAAGCGGAUGGUUUUCUUUCCUGGGCAGUGCGGGCCCUUCACUCGGCUUCGUCAGGAGCUCUUCUCUGUGAGGGGUUGAACUUGGCUGGGCUGUGUGUUCAGCCUUGAACUUAAGGAUUCAGCAGAGCCUUCUUAAAUUCCUUGUGGAAGAAGUUUUUUCUGUAUAAAACAGAAGUGUUAGUACUGGCAGCUGCCCAGAAGGAGAGUUUGGGAGCCACCCCAGACGUCACACGCCUGUCCUGGGGUGUGAGUGACACGGCAACCGAUGGGCUGCUGUCCCUGCGAUGCUCGGGGCAGCUCUUGUGGUCAGACCAGUGAAACCCUGCUCUCGGUGAGGGGAGGGAGGUCUUACCCGUUGGUCCAAACAGCCUCCUAGUGGGAUUGUUGUUUUGUCUGUCUUCCCAUUGGAUGUUCCUUUGUGUACGCUAAGGAAAAGUUUUUUUUUUUGGGGGGGGGUACUUUUUGGUGGGCUUUUGGGGCCCCAUCUCAUGGAUGUGAGCCCUGCAUUAAGUAAGCAAACCUGAAAAGUGAAAACGGGCUUCUCAGCUGAGCGUAUACAGUGACCAUUUUGACUUCCCGGGGUUGGGGCAGGGCCUGAACACUGAGCUGUCUUCGUUCUGGGGCGAGAGACCCUAUUGUAAUUUUAUCAGACAUUAUUCAUUUAUUCAUUAAACUCUUAAACUGUUCAUAGGUUGUUCUCGAGUCCCUGCUACGUGCACGCUCAGCGGGGCCUCCGUGCUGUUGGUAGCAUCCUGCCGUCCACCCACAGGGACUCUGGCUGACCGCACCGUCCACUGUCCCUCCCCGAGGAGGCGGGUGGGGGUGACAUCUGAGCUGCUGAAAGCCCAUGACUGGGAUCGGAUUCUGUCUACUGACUUCCCCUGAGGUUCCCCGCGUGCGCAUGUCGGAGGUGCUGAGUAGCAGAGCGCCCAGCUCGUACCAGCUCCCACCCCGUGGGCCCGGGUCCCUCACCCUGCUCUCUCCUCAUCUCCUCUAGUUCUUCGUGUCGGUGCCUCUCGUGCAGCCCUUUCUCCAUCAUUAAAUGAAC